UCUCCUAAAACUCCAACUCGCAUAUAGGAAUUUGUCGUUCUUCAUCUCCUUCUUCCUCUUAAUAAUCCUCCAACAAAACCAGCAUCUUCUAAUUGUGUUACCACCGUUAGUCGGCGGCGCCUCUUCCAACCACCUCUCCCGCCGCUGGUAUUCUCGGCGUUGACGACAGUGGAUGGGCCUAUUGAUCAAGUGCAACUCUGACUGUUUUAUUUGUGAAUUGAGCUGAUGGGGUUGUUUGAUUCGUUAAGAAAUUUGUUGGGUGUUGUUUGAUUUUUCUGGGAUUACUGAAAUAGAAAUGGGUCCUUGUGAGCAGUCAGCUGAACCUGCGUGCGUCUCGCCGCGAAUGUUUUUUGCUGAUGGGGUCGAGGAACUAGUGGAUAAUGUUCUUGGUGAGAGAUUAAUGGAGUGUUCUGUGGAGCCUCUUUCAAGCUUUAACAUUAGUUCACCAAUGGCUGAUAGAGGUGGUGAUGAUUCUGUUGUACAAUUUAUUGAUCAACAGCAUUGUUUCUCUGACCCGUGUGGUGGGCUAGGUGAAUUGGGAAUGGAAGAUGGGAAUACAACAUAUAAUUGUCCUGUGCCUGUUGCUAAUAAUUCAGAAACUUCUAUUGAAAGGGCUGAUUUAGAAUGUGCGUAUGGCACUGAGGAUAUAUGUGAUGUUGUAGGCGAGAGGCUGGAUGAGUUGAUUCUUGAGCCCCUUUCAGGCUUGGACAUCAGUUUACAUGCGUCUAAAGAGGAACAGGGUUCUGUUUUGGAAUUCAGUUCUGAGGAGGGUUUCUGUGAGUUGGAUCAUAUCUCUGGUACCCUUGAAGGAAGAGAUGAGACUGCGAAGGACUUCUGUCAAAGCACUACUUGUACGGAUACAGAUUUUGAACCUGUUAUUGAUAGGCAUGAUGUUCAGUGUGAGCAUGCUGAUAAUAACUCUGAAUUGGGAAGUGCGUCAAGCAUCAAAUGCUGCCUAAACAAUAUAUGUAAUGAUGGAGGACAAUGCGAGCAUGAGAUGAACUCAUGUCUCUCCAACCUUACCGUUGAUGGCCGAUUCCUGUCAGUAACACAACAAGUUGCUGGCUCUCCGAGUGGUUCGGCAACACCUUAUAUGUCAGCUACUAAAGCAGGCUGUGGAAGUUCCGUUCCUGGAAGUUUUGCGGAAGCUGUGUGCACUGGGACAGUGGAUAAUGGGACUUCGAAGAGCUUGGUAGUACCAGAUACAUUCAGAACGGAUGAUUCUGAUGCCUCUCCUAACUUUACCCGUGCAAUUGAAAAUUUUAACCAUGCUGGUUACACAGAAAAGGACAAUGCUGGGACAGAAGUUGACACAUGUGAGUUGAAAUGUCUUCAGACUUCCUCUUUGCCUCUGCGUAGGAGUUCUAGGAGUAGAAAAUCAGUCCAGAAAGUCCCAAGAGUUAAAAAUGCAACUAUGUGCACCAAGAAGGCCACUAAAGUGUGUCAAACCCCUGAUUUGCUUUCAGAGGCUACAAGAAAGAAACGAAGUAGCUUGAGUAGAUCAAUUUGUUCAUCUGACUGGGGAAAGUUAAAGAACUUGUCAAAGUACUUUCAAGAGUUUCAACAGAGUAAUGAGAUUUCCGUAAACCUAAUGAUAGAUCAAAGAUCAAGCAAAAAGAAGGCAGGCCAAAGGAACAGGAAGAAAAAUAUGCUUAACGUGAUUGCAAGCUCUCAAUUCUCAGAGGGAAGAAAGGAGGUUCCUUAUCGCCCAAUUCGUCUGAAGGUCACUUUUGGGAAAAAGGAAGAGCCGAGUAAGGUGGAUGGUAUAGCUCCUGUAGUGGUUGAUGCUUUUCCUGGUUUCCAGCCUGCUGACAGUAGUAAGGGGCUGAAUUCAUGCUCAUAUAUCGAUAGCUCUGGAGAGCAUGUGAAAGAUAGUUCAGUUUCCAAAGAUAAAUGCAGCAAUUCUACAUCAAAUGUUCAGUUCGCAGGAUCCAAUGUAGAAAUGUGUUCCGAGUCAGGCAGGAGUAGUAAUGAAGAUUCUGCUCAACUGGAUUUUGAAAAACGGGACAGCUUGUGCGCUGAUAAGUUCUCAGAUCCCGGUACUUCACCUGAUUCAGAGGUUAUUGACCAGUUACUUGGUUCUGUUAUUGGGCCUAUGGCGUCUUGUGGCAAUGCUUGUCCCAGGAGUCACAGCUCCCCAGCUUCUAAGAAAAAGAGCAAGAACAAAAGAUACAAGAAAGAAAAACUCUGUCUAGCAGGCAAUCCUGCCCUAGAGUACCAACAUAGUGCUGACAGAGCUAAGAUAUCUAAGAAGGGUGGUCAAUUGCAGAAACUAGUUGAUGAUCUUCGUUCUAUUAAUAACAUAAAUGCUGACAGUGAAAAUCCGCCAAGCAGUACCUCUGGCAGUGAGCUAGUUUUAACGGAUUUGUUGCCAGUUGUUGAUGACGGUUCCCGUGGGGCUGGAGAUCUGGACAAUGGUGCUGAUACCAAUGCCUAUUCUAGUUUGACCAUUGGGAUUGAGUCUGCUAAUUCUGGGAAUUCAUGUGAGUUGGUUCCUCUCAAUGAAACUCAAGCAAAGAGAAAUUCCAAAGGUUCAAGAACCAAAGGAAAACCCAGGAAUAAGUCUAAGAUCACAGAUGUUAUUAGGCAUCAAGUGGAACCUUUUGGCCAACAGAAAGCUAAAAGUAAGUCGACAAGUAAGCACAAAGUGAUGGAAACUGGCAUUUUGAGUGAGGCAUACAAAAUAAAGCCCCGACCAGGGACAGGGAAUCAGGAUAUGCUUGAUUUGGGGAAAACAGAUGUCAGCAAUGAAGUGCCACUAGAUAUUGCAUGUUGCCUGGAUCUUUCAACUACUGUAGUUGGGAAGCAGACCUCGGCUCCUCGUGUUGCAUGGGUUUGCUGUGACGAGUGUCUUAAAUGGCGCUGUAUACCGGCUGAACUUGCAGAUUCCAUUGAACAAACAAACUGUAGAUGGACUUGCAAGGACAAUGGAGACCAAGCUUUUGCUGAUUGUUCAAUUCCCCAAGAGAAAUCCAAUGCUGAGAUCAAUGCUGAGUUGCAAAUAUCUGAUGAAGAGGAUGCUCGUGAUGGGCACUUAGGUUCCAAGGGUAGCGGUCUUGGGCAACCAGUAGCUUUUCAGCCGUCAACUUGGAUGCUUAUAAAGUCUAACUUGUUUCUACACCGCAGUCGCAAGGCCCAGACUAUGGACGAGGUUAUGGUUUGCCACUGCAAACCUCCUGUAAAUGGUCGACUGGGCUGUGGCAGUCAGUGUUUGAAUAGAAUGUUGAACAUUGAGUGCGUUCAAGGAACCUGCCCAUGUGGGGAUCUUUGUUCUAAUCAGCUGUUUCAAAAGAAGCAAUAUGCCAUGCUGAGUUGGUUCCGUUGUGGGAAAAAGGGUUAUGGAUUGCAAGUUUUAGAAAAUACCUCAGAGGGAAAGUUUCUCAUUGAAUAUGUUGGCGAGGUGCUGGAUUUGCAAUCUUAUGAGGCACGGCAAAGAGAUUAUGCUGCGAAGGGCCACAAGCAUUUCUACUUCAUGACGCUGAAUGGAAAUGAGGUUAUAGAUGCAAGCGCCAAAGGAAACUUAGGUCGCUUUGUUAACCAUAGCUGUGAUCCUAAUUGUCGCACAGAGAAGUGGGUAGUGAAUGGAGAAAUUUGCGUUGGCCUUUUUGCAUCGAGGAAUAUAAAAAAGGGUGAAGAGUUAACUUUUGACUACAACUAUGUACGGGUGUUUGGUGCUGCAGUUAAGAAAUGUCACUGUGGCUCUCGUAAGUGUCGGGGCUAUAUUGGAGGUGAUCCACUCAAUUCACAAGUAAUUGUUCAAGGAGACUCAGAUGAAGAAUUUCCAGAACCUGUUGUCAUUGAUGAAAAUGGUGAAAUUGACCGUAGCCUAGAGGAUAUGAUGGCUAAAUCCAUUUCUCAGGACGCUGAACAGGCUCUAAAUGGAGAUAAAUUAAUCGAAGAGAAUUCCGAAGAUAUAGUUGAAUCUGGAGAGAUGGUAAAUAAAAUAAAGUAUUUGACUGACGAUGUUGAUCAAUCACAGACUGUUCCAGUGAAGGACACGGUUAAUGAAGUUCAUGAAUCUACAGAUAGUCUAUUAGGCUUAGACCUUAAAAAUUUGAGAAAUGGACCUUUAUCUGCUAUACAAAGUCAAACCUCAAGAACAGAACAUACGACGAGUACACCGGCAUCUUCCCCGGAAUCAGAUAUACUGCUUGUGGAAAAUACAAUACAAAAGUCUUUCUCUGGUUCGAUUGAUUCUAAUAGCAGGGUGUCUGAACUUGACAUUAAGUGUGAACUACCUCAUGCUAGACCUCGUUCUCGAAUGAAAAUAUCUCGUCCAUCAAAAUCUGUUAAGAACCGAAAAUUUAGUGGCAAUUCAGCCAAUGUUGGUAAGGCUCUUCUAACAGGCCAUAGAUCAAAGAUUUUAUCCCACAAGUCAAAGAAAUCACUGGAGGGUUCUGCCAAUGGUCAUCUUGAAGCAGUUGAGGCGAAGCUCAAUGAAUUACUCGAUGCUGACGGUGGUAUCUGCAAAAAGAAGGAUGCCUCUAAAGGCUACUUGAAACUUUUGCUUCUAACUGCAGCUUCUGGUGAUAGUGGCAAUGGGGGAUCAAUUCAGAGCAAUCGAGAUCUUUCAAUGAUACUUGACGCGAUGUUGAAAUCCAAAUCCCGGGGGGUUCUUCUGGAUAUAAUCAACAAAAACGGAUUGCAGAUGCUACAUAAUAUGAUGAAGCUUUACAGAACGGAUUUUAAGAAGAUUCCUAUCUUACGGAAGCUUCUUAAGGUUUUGGAAUUUCUUGCUGAGAAGGAAAUACUGACUAUGGAGCACAUUAAUGGAGAUUCACUACAUCCUGGAGUAGAGAGUUUGAGGGAAUCGGUAUUAUAUUUCACGAACCACAAGGAUAACCAGGUCCACCAAAUUGCACGAAACUUUCGAGAUAGAUGGAUUCCUCGAAAAUUUAAUCGGAUGGAUCGAAGGAGAGAGUUUCGUAGAGGCUCAAACUCAAAUAAUAGAUAUUUUGGAACAGGCCAUCACUGGCGAGAACAAGGAGCACCCGAUACAGAACGUAGCAUAACUUGUUCUGAUCAAUCAGUAACAAUUACAAACCCUAAUCCUGCUGAUGAUAGAAUGCUGCAGGAGGCCUCUUGUUCACAGUUAACUGAUUCUCAAACUACUCUUACCCGACCUCGGAAACGUAAAAGCAGAUGGGAUCAACCUGCAUGUCCUAGGUCACCCAAGAAUAUCAGAACAAAUCCAAUAGUUGAAAUUAUUGAGGAUUUCUCCAAGCAUGAAAACAAAGUACCAGAUGAUGAAACAAUGCAGAAUUCUGAUGAAGAUGAUGAAGCUCCACCUGGGUUUUCUUACCCACUUGAUCCUGUUAAUGACAGUCCACCUGGAUUUUCUACUUCUGCACAGUGUCCUUCAAUGGGACUUCUUCAGGAGAGAUUCAACCCACGUUUACCAGUGGCGUAUGGUAUUCCGUUAUCUGUGAUACAGAAAUCUGGGACUCUUUUGUGUGGAACUGUUGAUAGUUGGGAUAUUGCCCCUGGUAUGCCUUUCCAACCUUUUCCACCACUUCCUCCUUAUCCACGACGUGACAGGAGACAGGUGGCAGAGCAGGAAGAAGCGAGGGAGGGCUACAAUGGUGAUCAAGGUGUACCAAGUACUUCUGGUGCAAGUGCAAACCUGUUGCAUCAGCAAAACACUGUUGCAACAAACCCGAACGUGUUUCAACAAGGAAGGUUCCGGAAUAUUCCAGGGAAUAGGUAUAAUCGACAGAAGAAGUGGAACAACCAGAAGUCAAGGCCGCCAUGGCUCCGGAAUUUAGAUGGGUGGGGUUUCAGAGGGAACUACCCACCUCAUCCCAGAAACGGGUCAUCAGAAAUAAACACGGAAACGGUUGCUAAUGAACUGAAUGAUAAUCAUUUAGCUGAUGUAAAUCAUAGUAUAGAGUAUGCAGAUCGGUUAGUUUUGUUCGAGACAAGGCAGGUUCAUGGCAUUGGCGAAUUCGAGACGGAAUAAGGGAAUUGUAUAAUUGGAUGUCAAUCUUUUGUAUAGAGGGUGAGAUAAUUGUUCCUGUCAUUGCCUUGCCCUUGCUCAUUUUUGUCUUAGUAAUCUUCAGAAUGAUAGAAUUGUAAAAAAGAACAGCUUUAUCUAUACAAAAUUGAAUGUUCAAAGACAGGAAAUUCAAUUUUUAAUUUUAUGUUUUAUUAUUUUCUA